AUGGAGAGACUAAAGCUUCAAGAGGAGCUUAAAAUGGAGAAACUUGCAAGGAUACAGGCCGAGGAAGAGUUUAAGAAAAGAGAGGAACUUUGUCAGAAAGGGAAGAAAGUACAAGAACGUUAUGAAGCUUUGUUGAAGAAAGUGAAAGCUGAUUUAUCUGAUAGAGAUACUGUUGUAGUUCUAAGAAAGAGGAAUAUUGAGUUGAGGGAAUUACUGUUUGAGGAAGGUAAGAUAACUAUUGGAGAGCUUACAAAGAGGAAUUAUGAGUUGGAGAGUGAGGUUCAUAAGUUGAAAGAAAAAAAGGCGGAGGAUGGCAAUGAACUUGAUAUGUUAAGAAAAAAGAAGGGUGAAUUAGACAAUGAAGUUUUGGAGUUGAAAGAAAAAAGUGUGGAAGAUGGCAAUGCGCUUGAUAUGCCAAAAACAAAGAGUGGUGAGUUGGAGUGUGAGGUUGAGAAAUUGAAGGAAAAAAUGGUGGAAGAUGGAAAUGCACUUGAUGUGCUAAACAGAAAGAACUUUGAGCUAGAAUUUAAAGUUUUGGAGUUGGAGAAGUUGAAGGAAAAGUGGUUAGAUGAUAGUAAUGCUCUUGAUGAGCUUCGAAGCAUGGUUGGUGUAUUGGAGGUUGAAAAGAAUGCUUUGGCUGGAAUUGAGAUUAAAAAUGGCGAAUUGAAGGAAACAGUUAACACGAAUUUGGCAAUUAUAAGCGAGCUGAGGAACGAAAACAGAGAAUUAGUGGAUGAGAAAUGCAAGGGUGAGAUCUUACUCGAGUCUUUGAACAAAAAGUUUAAAGCAUUUCAUGAAAGAGUUGCAAGGUUGGAGGAUGAUUCCAACCUUUCAAUGAGUGUAGAUGCCUCUGGUGGUGGAAACAAUGAGAGGAUUGAGAGGAUGUUGGUGACAAUGAGGCCAGAAAUGACAUUGUGGAGAAGUCUGCUCCUUUGCAAAGAAACGAAGAUGUUCAUCACUCUCAUGGAGUAG